UUUCUCUCUGCCUCAGGUAGGUUGUACCUCGUCAGCCUCGCGUUCGCCGUGGGCUCGGUAAAUGGGCGUUCGUUGAAAAUCAUUUUCGGCCUUGGCUGUGGCCGGAGGUUCCACUGGAUCUGGAGGCGGCUGCAGCUUCGCCCACGAAAAUGGCAGGGUUCCGAUGUCCUCUUCUCAAAUAAAGUGGUUUAACAUAACCUACCGUAGUGGUGGGUACGAUCUCAACCUCUUUGCCAGCCCUCCUGACUGCAACUUCCUGUGUUCCGUCUGCCAUGGGGUUCUCAAGAGGCCAAUGAGGCUGCCAUGCAGUCACAUCUUCUGCAAAAAGUGCAUCCUCCAAUGGCUAGCCAGACAAAACACCUGUCCAUGCUGUAGAAAAGAGGUGAAAAGGAGAAAGAUGGUCCAAGUGAAUAAACUCCGGAAAACCAUUGGACGCCUACAAGUCAAGUGCAAGAACGCUGCAGCUGGCUGCUUGGUGACAUGCCCUCUGGCUCAUCGCAAGGGACACCAAAACUCAUGCCCCUUCGAGCUGAUGGCCUGCCCCAAUGAGGGCUGCACUGCGCAGGUUCUGCGAGGGGUCCUAGAUGAGCACCGCCAGCAUUGCCGGCAGGGGGGCCAGCAGCGCUGCCCCUUAGGCUGUGGAGCUUCUCUGGCUGACUCGGAGGGUGAGCAACACAACUGCUACCGUGAGCUUCGUGAUGCUUGGAUCCAGCGCAACCAGCGCAACCAGCACCUGCUGCUGAGCCUGUUGCGGCGUGUACACCGAGUGCAUCGCACCACCAACUUCAUCCGCCGGCAGCUGGCACAGUUGGGCAACUUCCUGGAAGAUGACGCCCUGAUUCUGAGUAACAGGGCACAGGAGAGUGAGGUUGCCCCGGAGGCUGAGACUUGGGGUGGGCAGGGCCAAGGUGUCUUAUAAAGGAGUUAAAUAAACGCUGAGCCCAGGCCUGACCCACCUCAUGUCCUGUG